ACGAAGAAAUUGUGUGCGCCUGCGCCCACUCGGAUUACUACUGUUUUCUCUUUAUUUUUCGGGGCGCCUCCGCUUUUUCCCUCGUCUCCUCGCCCGCUUGCAUUUCGAAAGAGAGGGAAACUCUAAGAGAGAGAGGAACGAGACUGUUUUGGUGCCAUCUCAAGCGCCUUUGUUGCUGACCUUGUGGCUGAUUUUGUGGACUAUUUUGGUGCUGCCUCAAGCUCUCUUAUUGCUAGUUUUGUGGCUGGUUUCAGCUUAACUAUUUUUGCUGCUGGGAUCAUUUCUUCUUCACGUGGCACAAGCUUUCUAAAACUAUUUUUGUCUUCCGUUUACAAAUAAUGGCAGUGGAAGUGACAGAAAUUCUUCUAAAUGCUCAAUCUAUAGAUGGUACGGUAAGAAAUCUUGCUGAAGAUACCAUUAGGAAGUUUCAGGAGAACCACCUUCCAACAUUUCUCAUAUCUUUAUCUGCUGAGUUAGCUAAUGAUAGGAAGCCAACUGAAAGUCGGAUGCUAGCAGGGUUAGUUCUGAAAAAUGCUUUGGAUGCCAGGGAGCCAUCCAAGAAGGCUGAAUUGGCAAAAAGAUGGAUUUCUAUAGAUGAAGGUGUAAGGAAACAGAUCAAGGAGUUUUUAUUGCUUACACUUUUUUCCCAUAUCUCAGAUGCUAGAUCUACCUCAUCUCAGGUCAUUUCAAGGAUUGCUUGCAUUGAGUUACCUCUCAGUCAGUGGCAAGACCUUGUUAGGGUUUUAUUGCUGAACAUGGGCGAGUCACAGGGUGAAUCGUCCGAUCGUGUUAGGCAAGCUACCUUAGAAACCCUUGGUUAUUUGUGUGAAGAAAUAUCUGCAAAUGUUCUGUCGCAAGACCAAGUAAACUCCAUUCUUACAGCUGUUGUUCAAGGGAUGAAUGCUACUGAAAGAAGUGAUGACGUGAGGCUUUAUGCCACUCGGGCACUAAAUAAUGCUAUUAUGUUUGCCGAGAGCAAUUUCAACAAUGACACUGAAAGGGAGUAUAUCUUGAAGGUCGUGUGUGAGGCAACUGUAUCAUCAAAUACAAAAAUCCGUCUGGCUGCAUUUGAGUGUUUGGUUUCUAUAGCAUCAGCUUAUUAUUCUAAGCUUGUAUCUUACAUGAAAGACUUGUUUAUCAUAACUGCCAAGGCUAUCAAGGAAGACGAUGAACCUGUUGCACUUCAAGCUAUUGAAUUUUGGAGCACUAUCUGCGAUGAGGAAAUUGAUAUACUAGAAGAAUCUGAAGCCUAUGUCAAUGGUGUUUCAAACACUCCAUGUUUUUACUUCAUUAAACAGGCGCUUCCUGUUCUGGUCCCAAUGCUUUUGGAAACUUUACUAAAGCAAGAGGAUGGUCAGGAUCAAGAUGAAGGUGCCUGGAAUAUAUCCAUGGCUGGAGGAACAUGCCUGGGUUUGAUUGCUAGAGCUGUUGGGGAUGAAAUUGUCCCUUUUGUAGUUCCCUUUGUUGAGGAAAACAUAACAAAACCUGAGUGGAGAAGAAGGGAGGCUGCAACUUAUGCCUUUGGUUCUAUUUUGGAAGGUCCAUCACCUGAUAAACUGUCUUCCUUUGUUGAUGUUGCUCUAAAUUUUUUGCUUCAUGCCAUGAAAGAUGAAAGCAAUCAUGUCAAGAGCACCACAGCAUGGACUUUGGGAAGGAUUUUUGAAUUUAUGCAUGAUUCUCAUAUAAAGAUUUCUAUAGUUAAUGAAUCAAAAUUUCCUCACAUACUGUCAGUGUUGAUUGAGAGCCUCAGAGAUGUACCUACUGUUGCAGAAAAGAGUUGUGGUGCACUAUAUCAUCUUGUACAUGGUUAUCAAAAGGAAAAAGUUGCAUCCUCGGUACUGAUUCCACUGUUUCCAGAUGUCAUGCAUGCUCUUCUAAUUGCUGCUCAGAGGAGUGAUGCUGGUGAAUCGAAGCUUAGAGUGUCUGCUUGUGAGACAUUGAAUGAGGUUGUCAGAUGUUCAUCUGAGGAAACCGCAUCAAUAGUCAUUCAACUGGUUCCAGUCCUUAUGUCUCAACUGGAUGGUUCUCUCAACAUGCAAGAUUUAUCUUCAGAAGAGAGAGAAGCAAGAUAUGAGCUGCAAGGCCUUCUAUGUGGGUGCUUACAAGUUGUGAUCCAGAAGCUAACAUGUUUUAGUAGUACGAAGUGUGGCUUGCUUCAUUGUUCAGAUCAAUUGAUGAGUCUGUUUAUAAGAGUUCUUGCAUGCAGAAGCUCGGCAGUGCAUGAAGAGGCAAUGCUUGCUAUUGGUGCAUUGGCUUACUUGGUUGGUGAAAACUUCAUAAAGCAUAUGCAGGAUCUCAGCUCAUAUCUGGAGAUGGGUCUUCGAAAUUAUGAUGAACAUGAAGUGUGUGCUGUUACUAUUGGUGUUACAGGUGACUUGUGUAGGGCAUUAGAUGAUAAAAUUCUUCCAUUCUGUGAUAGCAUAAUGACUGUGCUGUUGCAAAAUUUGUCCUGUGACCAGUUGCACCGGUCUGUGAAACCACUUAUAUUCUCCUGCUUUGGUGAUAUUGCACUUGCAAUAGGUGAAAAUUUUAAUAGGUAUCUGGUCUGCACAAUGCCAAUGCUUCGUAGUGCUGCAGAAUUCAUUAUGCAGUCCAGAUUUGAAGAUGAUGAAGGAAUUGAAUUUGCUAAUCAACUGAGAAGUGGUAUAUUGGAAGCUUAUUCUGGGAUCUUUCAGGGCUUCAAAAGUAGUUCAUCCAAGACGCAAAUUUUGAUGCCUUAUGCUGGUCAUAUUCUUGAGUUCUUGGAGAGCAUUUACCAGGAAAGGGAGAUGGAUGACACAGUGACAAAAGCUGCAAUUGGUGUUCUUGGGGACUUGGCGGAUACAUUAGGUGUGAGUGCUGCUCCCCUACUUCGGCAGUCUGUGUUUUACAGAGACUUCGUUGAUGAAUGUCUUUCUUCUGAUGAUUACAUGAUUAAGGAAACUGCAGAAUGGGCUCAAUUAACUGUUCGCCGAGUUGUUUCUGGUUGAAUGGUUCUCCUUAACUAUCAAUGUCCGAGGUCUGUCUGUCUACAAUAUCCUGUCCUGUUUUUGGUUUAUCUGCAUGCCUCUUUCUUCAGCAACUUUGGCUCAACAUUUUGUCAUUGUUCCCCAAAGCCCAAACCCCACCCCAACCCCUCCCCCUCCCUCCUCCCCCCUCUGCCAUGUAAUUUCUUGGGAAGAUUUAUCCAUCUGGGGGAGAACACCCAUAUUCAACUGAUGGUUGAGUUUGUGGCACGUGAUCCAACAUUCUGUUUGCUGCUGGCUGCUGCAAAUCACAUUGCCUUUGUGACCCCAGAAGCCACUGUAAAUUUAGUCGAAAUACUUUUGUUUCUCCCACCAACCAACCUUUUUUCCGUUGGCGUGAUCAUCCAGCUUAUGGGCAUUGUGCAAUUCUGAUCUUUUUGUCUCCUAGACAGUAGAGAAUUGUAAAUGUCACAAGGGCAAGAGGUGAAGGAAAAUUCCUUUGCGCUUGAUUUUGGGCGCCAUCCCAUUGUUAUAUAUUACUUGUACCAGAAACUAUGUACUAUUUUUACUGAGGACCAUCUAAUUUUUGUUAAUCAGUUAGUCUCAUAUUUCUUUCCCUGUCA